CAAUUUGCAUGAGUCCACUUCGGCCCUGGGCGCACUGCACGGUUGCAACUUGCACCACUGCUUCCUGGCUCUGCCAAUCAUAGUGCAAAAGCGCCCGAGCUGGUCAAAGUUGAAAGAAAGCAGUGAAUGAAAAGGUACCUACAUAAUGCACCACCUCCCACAGUCUCCUAUUCAGAGCCGCAAAUGUAGAGGUACCUCCAGGCUCUAUAAGCAAGCCGGGCCAACAGUCAGAGACGAAAAGCAAACCUGCGCACAUCAGCAGCUGGAUGGCGCCCGAAAGCAUGCAUAGCAGGUCAGACGUGGAGCUAGACACCUGCAAGAAAAGUCAAAGGCAGAAAGGCAAGACUUGCAGCAGCUGCGGCAUGGUGGUUCUGAGUCCAAGUGGUGCGAGCACCGCAAUGCUGCCCCGCCGCCCCUCCUGAGUUGCUUCCAUGAUCCCAACAAGAGGGCCCGGGGGAUCAUCCUCCCCAAAGCUAGGGCCAUGGCGGCCAAGCGUCGCUUGGUACGUAAUGUGCACCCUGUUGGUGCUCAACCUUCUCAACAGCGAGAUCGUCACGGGGCCACUCUGGGGGGGGUGUGCAAAGGAGCCUGCCAAUGGGGGGGUCGUUGGGGUCCGAGUCACGGGGUCUCAAGGACGGUCACAGACGUUGCAUAUAAGCCCGGAGCUGGAAAGAGCUUGGGACGAGUAUGCGGCGCGUCACCGUGCGAGCCUGGAGGCUCCCCGAGAGCACAAGUUCUUCCUGUACAAGCCGUUCCAUUACACAGGGCACGGGAACAAGAUUCCCGGCAUUGUGACCGCAUUCAUGGUUGCGCUCCUCUCAAACCGGACGCUUGUGAUUGAUUACAAUGACUGCGCCGGGGGAGUGAACUGCGAAAUCUCAUGGUCGCGCAUGUUUGACCAGCCCCUGGAGAUGGACUUUGCUAACUUGGUUAGGGAUUACCCUGCGGUCAAUGAGACGCUGAAGGGAAAGAGGUUUGAAUCCGGCGACGCAAGUCACAUCAACUUUUUGGUGGACCACCGAGAGAGGCUUUCCAAGUGGGACGGGUUGCAAUGGGUUUGGAGCGACGGCUUGUACGACUGGUCAGCCCACCUAUGGCUGGCCAGCCCAAUCCACGGCCCCUCGCUGCGGCCCCUCUUCACCCCAGGGCACAUUUUCCAUGCGCUAGCACACUUCCUAGUGCAUCCAACUCUGGAAAUUCAGGACGUAGUUGCUGCCGCGCGCGCGCGCUUUCGGAAGCUCACUAUUGGGGUACAGAUACGGCAGACAAAGGUUGAUCAUUGGGAACCGGGCACCUACACUGACAGGAGCUAUUUCGACUUGGCCCGCGUGUUACAGCUUCGCGAGGGCGUUGCGGACAACGACACGGCAAUCUACCUCGCAGCCGACUCGGUGGCGGUCCGAAAUGCGUGGGUUAAGCACCUUGAGAACACCUCCAUUGCGCUGCUGAUGCAACCAGAGGAUGCCGUAUUCGACUCCGGCGGGAAAGAGGGGUUAAACCGGGAUAACCUACCGGGGUUAAAGAUUGGGGUCGCGGAGCUCUUUCUGCUGAGCCAUACGCAUCAGCUGAUUAUUUCUCGGGGCUCGUCGUUUGGGUCAACAGCGGCCGCCCUCGGCGGGUUAUAUCCGUGGGUUAUCACCCAGGACGGUUACUACGGGUCGGCGAUCUCGGACCCGUGCUGCUCCCACACGCGGUGGCUGGAGAAGGUGUUCGGUGCGGACUUCAGUCCCGAGUUUUUCAUACAGACGCAGUGCCACGUGGACCCCCUUACCAAGGGCGAGUAAUGCCACGUGGCCUGACUCACAUAAAGAGAAGGGUGCGAAAACGUUGACCAGUGAUUACUUAGAAGAGAAUUUGGUGCUACGGGGUUACGGAGACACUAGGGGACGAGUGUGUCCCCAAGCGGCGCAAGUUCUAGAGGUUGCUCUACUCAUUCCGAAUCAAGUUCUGAAGGCAAACGGAGAAGGGGUUGCAAUGCUGGAGGCGCGGCGCGGCAACUCAAAAUUUUGGCUAUUAAGCAACAGGUUGAGGUUGAACAUGCGGGUUGUCAUCAGAAUCUUCCGUUCAAGAACGAACGGCUGAGGUUCAGAAGGGAUUGGGCUAGGCACAAGUUGCCCGCAUCUUAGAAAGAGUCUCCACACCGAAAUCACGUGCAUCUUUGUUGUCCACUAGGAGUCCAGCCACACCAGGCGGGCAGCAUGGCCCAUUACUGAGUAUAUGCUUCAAUUUGUUUAUAGCCGACUCGAAGACGACUCGGUUUGCUCAAGGAGACCUGGACUCGCUUGUGCCGUAUUGUGCAUGCGCGGCAUUCCUUUGGCU